CCUCAGAGUGACGCUCACUUGUUGCUUCACUGGACAAGGUGAAACUUUUCCAGCGAAACAUUAACGGAUCUUUGACACAUAGAAACUUCUCGUUGGGCAGGACGGCUCGCGCGUCCUGUUGAGUUUUCAGUUCCAACUGAAACGGGUUUAGGUUCUCACAGAAAUGUCUCUGGCAGAUCAAAGCCAGCAGUGGUAUCCUACCAGCGUCCAGGUAACGGUGCUCCAGGCGAGGGGUUUGCGGAUCAAGGGGAAGAAUGGCACCAACGACGCGUACGCCAUCAUGCAGGUGGCCAAGGAUAAGUUCUCCACCUCGGUGGCCGAGAAGAGCGUCGCGCCGGUGUGGAAAGAGGAGGCCGCGUUCGACCUGCCGCUCUUUCACCCCGGUAACGCGGAGCGCUGUACCCUACAGGUGUGUGUGAUGCACCGGGCUCUGAUGGGACCCGAUAAAAUGCUCGGUCAGGCGACCAUCAACCUCCUGGAACUCCAGGACAAUAAAUCCCGUGAUAAAACAGCAUGGUAUAAACUGAUGGGCAAGACAGGAAAGGCUGACAAAGACAGGGGUGAGGUGCUCCUAGACAUUCAGUUCAUGAAGAACAACAUGACCGCCAGCAUGUACGACCUCUCCGGCCCGGACAAGUCACGCUCACGGCUUGGCAAGUUUAAAGAUAAGCUUAAAGGGAAAAAGAAAGAUGGGAUGUCAGAUUCUGCUUCCGCUAUUGUGCCUUCAGUUGGACAGGUACUGACUGACAGCGAGGGCGAGGAAGAAACUGACGUCACACCUGGAGCCAAAAAGAAGAAUAAACUGAAGUCUCUCUUUGCUCCAAAGCCGGGUUUGCACCGUAACAUGUCCCAGUCCAUGUCCACGCUCGCCACCCUGCCUGAAAAAGACUCGGCCAUCAGUCUGAGCAGAUCGUCUGGCCUAAAUGUAGAGUCUCCUGAAGGCAAAAAGAAAUUUAAAUUUCUGAAGCACAAACGGACCGGAAGCUCUGACAGCAAGGUUUCCCAAGGUACCGGCUCUCUUGGACUGGGCAUGGCGCAGAACAACCUGUGCAUCAAUGGCAGUCAUGUCUACACGGAAGAGUCAGAGAACAGAGGAUCCAGAGCUGGUUCUACCUUCAGCCUGAACAGCUCAGGCCAUGGGUCAAUGGAGGACCUGCGCAGAGGUCAUGACAGGAAAACCUCCAGCACCUCAAUGGACUCUCUUAAAACCUCUGAGCUACAAACUCAAGAGAAUUCAGUGGAAGAGAUGCACAGAAAACAAGAAGAACAAAGGAAACAGGAAGAGGAAGUCAGGAAAAGACUAGAGGAGGAAAGGAGACAGGCGGAAGAGGAAGAGAGGAAACGAAUUGAGAGAGAACAGGAAAAAAAGAGAUUAGAGAAGGAAGAGGAGAGGAAACGGAUGGAGAGAGAGGAAGAGAAGAGGAAGCUAGAGAAACAGGAAGAGGAGAGGAAAAGGAUUGAGAGAGAGCAAGAGAGAAAGAGGAUAGAGAGGGAAGAGGAGCGGAAACGGAUGGAGAGAGAGGAAGAGAAGAGGAAGCUAGAGAAACAGGAAGAGGAGAGAAAAAGGAUUGAGAGAGAGGAAGAGAGAAAGAGGAUAGAGAGGGAAGAGGAGAGGAAACGGAUGGAGAGGGAGGAAGAGAAGAGGAAGCUAGAGAAACAGGAAGCGGAAAAGAGCAGGAUUGAGAAAGAGGAGAUAGAAAGGAAAAGGAUUGAGCAGGAGGAAAUGAUCAGAAUAAAGAAGGAACAGGAAAGAAUUAGACAGGAAGAGGAAAGAAGAAAGGUUGAGGAGGAGAGGAUCAAAGAGGAGAAAAGGAAGAGAAUGGAGGAAGAGGAAAAGGCUAGGAAGGAAGAAGAUAAACGGAGACGAAUGGAGGAAGAGGAGAGAACAAGACUUGAGAAUGAAAAGCUGCAUAAAAAAGGAGAGGCAAGAAAUGUCGAGAUGGAAAGACGAGCUGAAGAAGAGGAAAGACAACGGAAGGAAAAAGAAAAGGUGGAAGCAGAGGAAAAGAGGAAAAGGAAAGUGGAAGAAGAGAGAAGAAUGACUGAGGAGAAAGAAAUGAAAGAGCAAGAAAGGCUACGGAUGGAAAAAGAGAAGAUGGAGUUCGAGAAAAAGAAAAUGGAAGAAAGGAUGAGAGAAGAGCAGGCGAGGAAAAUGGCUGAGGAAGAGGAGGAGAAGAGGAAGCUGAAAGAGAAAGCAGACCAGGAGAGAAUCAGGCAAGAGAAAGAAGAAAUGGAGAGACAAAAGAAAGAACAGCGGCCCGAGGUAAAACCCAGAAGUGCUCGACUGAAUACAAGUAAAAAAGCACCUGAUGAGAUUAACUCGGACUACGUCCCAUCCAUAAAUCCCUUUGAAGACCCUCUAUCAUUAGACGAGAGCUCCAGCAAUCCCUUCGAGCAACCCUCUGUUCUUCAACCUGAAGCCCUCAGUCGCUCAACCAAAGUGUCUGCAGUUAAGCCAAGUUCUGUUUCUGGAAUCUUCUUUUCACAAGCAUCUGUGCCAAACACCAACCCCUUCUUAUAUGAUUCUGAUGCCAUUAGCGGAAACACAGAGAGCAUUGCCAGUCUCGGAAACAUCGCAGAAAGGUCAGAGAAGAAACGACGUGCCCCGACGCCUCCCCAGAACAAGGCGCAGAUAGGAAAACUAGACAUCCCUCCAAGAGCACCAGCAAUUCCUCGAGCCACACAAAGUUUUCCAUCUAAAGCAUCUGAGGAUGGUGGAGACUGCAGUUCACGACAAGACAAAUGUCCCGCACCUUUACCACCAGAAGUCUCAAAGAACAGGCAAGAAAUGCAAAACGAACAUGCAGACCAAUCUACCACUCCUCUUCAUAUUGGAGAAUGGAGAACUACUAGAUUCCAGGAAAAAGACCAGAUGAACAAAGUGCGCCCAGUCUCGCAGGAUAAAUCAAGGACUUCUGACGCAGACAAAUUUAGGAACACCAGUUUAUCACAUCUUAGCCAGAGUCUUCCCAGUAACGGACAAGAAACCAACCCUUUUAUAUCUACCGAGGUCAAAAAAAUUAAACACAACAAGGGUCCAGCUCCAAAGCCUUUAUUACAGUCAACAUCACGCAAGAAUUCUGCAUCUGAACCUGAACCCAACAUCCUAGCCAUUCGUAACGUCCAUUUGAUUGAACAUGCUGUAUCCCUUAUUGAAGACGGAGCUUCCUCAAACUCUUGCACUGAUCAACUAGAUGAGUCUUCAAAGCAGUCGACUAGCAAGCUUGAUGAUCUUCCUCUAUCUGAAGAGCCUUUCGCCAAACUUGAGUCUGUACACUCUGAUGACCUUUCCUCAAGAGAAAGUAGACAAGAGGAUUUGCCACCAAUGUGUAAACAAGACUCUCUUGGAGAAGACGUUUCUUUAAGGUCUGAACCAAUCCUUGGAAAGGUUCUGUGCAAUAUUGAAAAUGUCCUGUCUGAUAUUGGUGUUUCCAAAAAGAAGAGUCGGGCCCCGUUGCCUCCUGCCAAUUCAGCAGCAACUGGUAACCAGAACUCAACAAGCCAGCAACCAGAAUCUGUACUGAAGUCAACCAGUCAACCCACCAGACAAGAUCAAGACAAGUCAUUAACUAAUAAUAGUAGCAUGCCAACCUCAUGUUUUACUCCAUCCCAUGGAAGCUCAUCACCAAUCUUGAAUCAAGCUCUCAAGAAAAAUGAAGUGCAAAUUAAGACUGAACAUUCUCCUCCGAGAGUGGAAGCAGGUCAAGGGUCAGCGCACCGGUCUCUGCCGCAUGCCAGAGUGUCACCGAUUGAUGUUAAGCCCAUCAUUGGGCAGAAUAUUGGAAGUGAACAUGAGCGAACAGGUGAUCCUGCCUUCAAAUCCUGCAGGCCUCAUGCAGUGAAACCCUUGAGCAGCACUGACAAGCAGACAGACCUCAGAGAGACCCAAGACAAUUCCAGGUCUGCUACAAUUACAGAUCACAUACAAGUCAAGAUGAAGGCCCCAGAGGCUAAACGUACAGGGCCGUACUCCCAGUUAACCCACGAAGAACUCGUAAACUUGUUGGAAAAGCAGAAGGAUCAGCUUUCUCAAAAGGACUCCAAGAUAGGUGAAUUAGAGCAAUAUAUCGACAAUCUUCUGGUCCGUGUCAUGGAGGAGAACCCCGGCAUCUUAAUGUCCUUGAGCUUGACGAAGAAGUCAGUUUGAGGGACAGUACUUUUGUAGCAGAGGGUUUUGUGUUUAAUGUGCACUGUAAUCACAAAUACGGGAUGGACAACAAUACAAGUUUGUGGGCAAAUCACAGAGGUCUUUCACUAAACCACACUACUGCGCUGAAGAUCAGGUUUAUGUACACCUGAUUUAUGACGCCUUACACUAAAUGGUGACAACAUGAAUGUUUAUUAUUUGGCUUGCCUCAGAUCCACCUAACCAUGUGACGGAUAACAUAUGAUUUAUUUCAACAUUUAUUUCAAGAAUAAGUAUUUUCCCCAAAGGUUUUUACUGUCCACUUUUUUUUCCAUUUGAAUUGCUAAUGUUAUUUGAUUAGUAUUUGGUUUUCUUUUUUCAUGUUAUUAUCUAUUAAAUGUUUUGGUCAAAGCAUUCAAUGGAAGUGACCCCUACAUUUUAAACAAAAGUGCAUUAUCAUAUUCUUUAUACAAAAUAUUUUAUAUUGUUUAUGAAGCUGUGUAAUGUUUUGUAGACAGAGCUCUGUAUUAAUACAUAUUGAAGCACUUUAAAAUAAUCAGUUCAUCUGUAAAUAAUGAGUAUGUGAUCAUUUGUAUGUAAUGCCUUUUGUCAUGUAACUUGACAGCUUUAUUAUUCUCUGCUUUUGAAAUAAAGAAUGUCAUAGGUGUGGCCUUAAAGUACAGCGUCACAA